AUGGUCAAUGUAAGACGGCCAGAUUUCAAUCACAAAAAGGGUGUGUCCCAAGUUCUGUGGGUUCCCUCUCAACCAACAGCCGGGGCAGCAAGAAGACGGCUGGGGUUGAAGGGCUGCGGGGUGAGCCACUUCCCAGACGACUUCCCCCGCCCACGCCGGGUCCAGAGCAUCAAUCAGCCAGUCCCAAACCUAGAUGGCCAGUGCCGAAUCCCAGGUAGACCAUUCCGAACUCGAGGGGACAGCCCCCCAGCUCCAGCCGGCCGGUCCCGAACACUAGGUGACGGGUCCCGAACCCCAGCCGGCCGGUCCCGAACUCGAGGUGAGGAGCCCCGAACCCCAGCCGGCCGGUCCCGAACUCGAGGUGAGGAACCCCGAACCCCAGCCGGCCGGUCCCGAACUCGAAGUGACGGGCCCCGAACCCCAGCCGGCCGGUCCCGAACACUAGGUGACAGGCCCCGAACCCCAGCCGGCCAGUCCGGAACACUAGGUGACCGGCCCCGAACCCCAGCCGGUCGGUCCCGAACCCCAGCCGGUCGGUCCCGAACUCGAGCGAGGCCCGCGGGGAAGGCGCCGCACCCCUGCGGCGGGAAGCACAGCCGCUCCCUCCUCGCUUCUCGCCCAGGCCGAAGCGACCCGCUGCCGCCGCCCGCCGAUGGACUUCCUGGAAAGCACCGUGCUGAACUCACCUGCUGGCGUCCGGCCGCCGACUCCCGGCAGAGCCCGCAAGGUUUAAAUUGCUCUUCUCUGCGGCCACGCUCCGCUGCGCCUCAGCUUCAGGGAGUUGCCGAACUCUCGCGCCGGCUGCCCCCAAAACCCGACCGCGCUGUCUGUGUUGCUGGUUUCCCCCCCCCUUCCCCGCCCAUGCGCAUGCGUGUUCUUGGGGACAGGCUGCAUGCUGGGAGUUGUAGUUCGAGGGAGAAGGGCGCGGCUCCACAUGGACCUGGCCCUUUACAAUGGGAAGGGUUUUAUAACAGUAUAUAG